CAACAGCUGGAUAAGUUUAAAAAGGAGGACGAAAACAGAGCUUUCAGUUCAAUAUCUCUGGAUCGAAGAGAAGUCAAUUUAUUCAGACACAAACACUAGGAAAGCGACUGGAAGCAAGAGUCUUUACAAGCCCAUUCAUCAGUAGAGAGACGAAAAUGAAAGCCAUUGCCAUUACGUUCAUGAUACUGUUUUUUACUAUUAAAACAGCAAGUGAACGAUUAAGUGAAGUUUAUGGGGCUCUCAAAAAUUGUAUUUUUGAAACAAAAGACACCCACUAUUGUUUAGAGCUCAUUCAUCGGAUGAAUACGGCGUACGCAAGUUACAGACCUGGUGGUUGGGGACAAUGGUCUUCAUGGAGUCGAUGCAGUGUGAUAUGUGGUACAGGAAUUCGUAGAAGAACACGGAAUUGUGAUAAUCCUCCACCCGGAUCAAAAGGUAGAUGUGAAGGAACCAGCCAAAACACUGAAAAAUGCAGAAGAUGUGGGUUAGGUAACGAAGAUUGUGAGUCUGACGGACGGUGCAACAAUGUGUGCAGGCAGCCUGACCACAGGUAGCCCAAGCUGGCUAUCAGUUGGUACAUUAUAGAGAAUGUAUGGGAAUAAACAACACUCGAAACGUUUUAAUCUAAAGUUAAAUAAAACGCACUAAACGUUCU